CACUUGCUCUCUGGAAAUACUUCAGAUGGGCUUUCUCAUUUAGGACCGCUUAAAGCUGAGGCGUUUUUCAGACAUGGCAUCUGCGUUGCCGCCGUUUGCGCAUCCUGCGCGUCUCGGGAGCGCGCUCUGAGAAGGGAAGCGUUAUUGGACAAACUUGCACCGACGGGAUGCGAUACGGCGAGUGCAUAUCUUGGCAGGGAUCAGUUAUCAAGGUUUGAAAAUGGCACACAGCGGGGCAUCCCUAUGGAGCGACACUCUCCAUUCCGCAGCUCUGUUUUAAACCCCCAAACUGCUCGUAUAACUUCCCCUCCGACUGGAGAGAGAGCCGCGUCUGGACGCUUAUUCCGACAGAGACGACCGUGAAUUGGAUGAAGAAAGUUCCCACCGCUGCUGGUGGAUUGUGUGGAUGCUGAAGUGAAGCUGGUGGCAGCACUGUGACGGAGGUUUGAGGGUUGGACACCUGCCUCUGGGAGCACUGGUGAACACUGGUGAACGCACUGGUGAACGACCUGGUGAACGACCUGCCAAAGCGCUCGCAACAACAAGUCUCCGGCUCAGGCAAAUCUUCUGAUGACCCAAUGGAACAAAACUUACGAGUUGUAGUGUUUUGGGUCGUGGUGCUGCACUGUGGCUCUGCUGAAGGCAGUAUCCUCUACCGAGUCCAGGAGGAGCAGCCCCCCAACACUCUCAUUGGUAGCCUGGCAGCAGACCAAGGCCUGCCAGAUUCAGGUCACCUCUACAAGUUAGAGGUAGGUGCCCCUUAUCUUCGUGUCGAUGGAAAGACGGGAGACAUUUUCACCACAGAGAUUCCGAUAGACAGAGAGACCUUGAAGGACUGUCGGUCCCUCGCUAAGGGGAAGCCAUGCUACCUGGAAUUUGAAGUAUCGGUGACAGAUCUGAUACAAAACCAGAGCCCACGACUCAUUGAAGGACGCAUCGAAGUACAGGACAUCAAUGACAACACCCCGCAAUUUCCCUCUUCUGUGCUCACCAUCUCGGUGCCUGAGAACACAAUCAUGGGGGCAUUAUUCUCUAUACCUCUUGCCACAGACAGGGACUCAGACAGAAAUGGGGUGGCUGACUAUGCGCUGACUGCGGGGCUAGAUGCAGCAACCCUAUUUGGUUUACAAGUGGCUGAUGACAGGGGAGGGAAGCUCCCACAGCUCAUUGUCCUUGGAAACCUAGAUCGUGAGUCAAAGGAUUCUUAUGAACUCACCAUCAAGGCGGUGGAUGGAGGGAACCCUCAGCGCUACAGCAGUGCUUUGCUUCGAGUGUUAGUGACUGAUGCCAAUGACAACCCUCCCAAAUUUGAAAAGUCUUCAUAUGAGGCAGAAGUUUCAGAAAAUAGUCCAGUAGGGCAUUCUGUGUUGCAGGUCAAAGCAAAUGACUCUGACAUGGGCCCUAAUGGAGAAAUUGAAUACACUCUUCACCAAGCGGUAGACCCAGUGCCGAAACUCUUACGAAUUGAUCGGUCCACUGGCAUUAUUUAUGUCAAAGGGCCUCUAGACAGGGAGGAAAUAAGCAGCUUGUCCUUCUACGUGGUGGCAAGGGAUAAGGGUCCUCAACCUAAAAGCUCUAAGACGUUUGUAACCAUUGAGGUGACUGAUCAGAAUGACAACGCUCCAGCUGUGGAGAUUCGUGGGAUUGGUCUUGUUACUCACAGUGAAGGAGUGGCUAAUAUUUCAGAGGACAUGCCAGUGGGGACAGCUGUUGCUUUGGUGCAGGUGUCUGACAAAGACGAAGGAGAGAAUGCCGUGGUCACCUGUGUUGUGGCAGGAGAUGUCCCCUUUCAGCUUCGCCCUGCCAGUGACUCCACCAGUGACAACAAGAGGAAAUAUUUCUUACAAACCACCACUCCUCUAGACUAUGAAAGAGUCAGGGAUUAUAGAGUAGAGAUCGUAGCUGUGGAUUCUGGAAACCCAGCCCUCUCUAGCACAAACUCUUUAAAGGUGCAGGUGACUGAUGUGAAUGAUAAUUCACCAAUAUUUUCCCCAACAUUAUUUGAGGUUGAUUUUGCUGAGGAAAACCAACCAGGAGAGAAGGUUUUGGAUGUUACUGCUUCCGAUGCUGACAGUGGCACUAAUGCCGAGCUCCUGUAUAAUAUUUUGGCAGACUCAUCUAUCAAAGGUUUGUUUGAGAUUGACCCAAACACAGGUGAAGUAAAAGCACGGAGCCCCCUUGAUCGUGAACAUAAGGAACGGUAUGAGUUUCGGGUCACUGCAGCGGACAAAGGCUCACCUGUUCAUAAGGGAACAGCAACUGUUGUAGUAAAAGUCCUUGACUGCAAUGACAAUGACCCCAAGUUCAUGCUAAGUGGCUACAGCUUUUCUGUUCUGGAAAACAUGCCUCCACUAAGUCCAGUUGGUAUGGUGACCGUCCUGGAUAUGGACAAAGGUGAUAAUGCUCAUGUUCACCUGUCUGUAGAACCUGAUGGAGGGAAGUUCGUCAUUCAAAAUGGAACAGGGACUAUCCUCUCAAGCAUCUCAUUUGAUAGAGAGAAAGAAAGCAGUUACACAUUCCGUCUCAAAGCUGUAGAUGGGGGAGAACCACCCAGAUCUUCAUAUGUGGGCGUAACCAUCAACGUGCUGGAUGAAAAUGACAAUGAUCCCGUCAUUACUAAACCCUCCAACUCCUCCUUCAGGGGCUUGUCACCUGUAGCUUCCCCAGAUAGCCAUGUUGAAAUAGUGGAGGCUGAAGACCUGGACAGUGGGCCUAAUGCAGAGUUGGUCUUCAGUAUUGCUGGAGGAAACCCUUACCAGUUAUUUCGCAUCUCCCCCACCAGUGGAGAGAUCACUCUGGCAAAAGAGAUGACCCGCAAACAUGGUGGUCUACAUCGUCUGGUGGUUCGAGUGAGUGACAGGGGGAAACCCUCACGCCAUGCCACUGCCCUAGUUCACAUAUAUGUCAAUGAGACCAUUUCAAAUGUCAGCUUAGUGGAAGGUUUAGUUGGACACAGUCUUUACACUCCACUUGACAGAGAUAUUGCUGGUGAUCCUGAAAGUGGUUUUGCGGCACAGCGCAGUAACAUUCUAUUUGGAAGCCUUGCUGGCGUGGCAGGGGUCGUAAUGUUGAUCUUGGUGGUGGUGUUUAUUCGACACCGUAUCCAAAGAGAAACAAAAAGUGGCUAUCAAGCUGGCAAAAAAGAAACAAAGGACUUAUAUGCACCCAAGCAGGCACCAAAGAAUGCCAAAAGCAAACGAGGAAGAAAAGGUAAACCCCAGAAGUCCCCAAAACCACUCGGGGAGGAGGAAGAGGUCAGCCUUCAAAAAAGUCUGAAGUUUAACCUUGAUGGAGUCAAUGAUAGCCCCAGGAUACAUCUGCCCUUAACAUAUUCACCAGGAAGCCCUGAUAUAGGUAGGCAUUACCGCUCCAACUCCCCUUUACCCUCCAUCCAGCUGCAAGCCCAGUCACCUUCUGCAUCUCAGAAGCACCAGGCUGUCCAGGACCUUCCUGCCACUAACACUUUUGUUGGAACCGGAGGAGAUGACAACUCUACCGGCUCAGACCAGUACUCUGAUUACAGCUACAAGACCAGCCAGCCAAAGUACAACAACAAACAGCAUCCCCAUCGUCGAGUGACCUUUUCCACCGCCAACCCCGUGCAGGACCUGCAGGAUGCUUCUCAGCACAGCUAUUAUGACAGCGGCUUGGAGGAAUCGGAGACCCCCAGCAGUAAGUCAUCGUCCGGUCCUCGCAUUGGACCCCUGACCCUGCCCGAAGACCACUACGAGAGAACCACUCCAGAUGGCAGCAUCGGGGAAACCGAACACCCAGAAAAUGACAUCCGCUCCAUCCCUGACGUGGCGAUGACUGGAAACUGUACGACCGAGUGCAGCGAGCUGGGCCACUCAGAUGCCUGCUGGAUGCCCGGCCAUCCCUCCCCCGUCCGCAAGACCAGGAACCCACCGAAGCUCUCCACCUUCGUGCCUUACCAGGAGAGAGGGAGCCUGGGACGCCUGGCGAACGGGAGUGCCAGAAUGGGCGGCGAGGAGCACCGGCCGCGACUCCCGCCCUCCCGCAGUGCCUACUCCAACAGUGGCAAUGAUGCCAGUCAGGACUGCCCCUUAGAGGAGAUGCCCCUGAGCGUGGCCUCUGAGUUCCAACCCAUGUCCCCCUCUGCCCAAACUCCCAAACGUGAAAUUUACCUGUGAGGAACAUAGUCAUCAGAUUUGGUACACAACAGAGGAAAAGAUACACCCACUUCAAAAGGAGAAGCAGGCUUACCAUGUGCUGACGCCAGCAGCUGUUGUGUAGGUAACAAUAGGCUGUGACUCGUUCAACCACUGGCAUGAACACUUGCUUUUGUCAUUUCCAAAUUGAAUUAUUGAUUCAUCAGCAUAUUUAUGAAUGAUACCACAGAGUUAUUUGAUACAUUCACUCAUUUAUUUAAUCGAAAAUCUCAAAGGCUACAAAUUCAGACAGACAAAACGGAAAUGCAAAUGGAAAUAGCUACUUUAGAAGUGACUAAUUAUUGUUGUAGUUAGGCAAGUCCUAUUCUGUGAAGUGAUCUCUUGAAUUUGAAAGUUGUGAUCAGUGCUCUUGUGCCAUGAGUAGAUAUAAAUGAAUAGACAGCCCGUCUGGCCAUAUCAGAAGGCAUAACACUUUUGACCAAGAAUCCAGUGAAAUGGUCGUUCUUAAUGUACAGUGCUGUAAAUACAUUUGAAUGGUGUGUUCUACAUAUAUUUUUGUCUGGUAUAAGCUGAAAAAAUGCCUCAGAAUUUUAGCAUAUUUAAGCUUUUCUUUACCGCUGCUGUUUAAACUUGAUUGAAACCAUCUCCUGGAGUGGAGCUCGCUAUCGUUGGAAGGCAUUUAUCUGCUCCACACUAUCGUACACUGGCGCACACACACGCACACACACACCUUUGACCCCUAAUCAUAGUAGAAUGGCCUUUACCUCCGCUCCCUGUAGAGCUCUGCCACCGGUGGGGGGGGGGGACUGUGUGGCAGCAUUUAAUCUGACAUUAUGUUCCACUGACUCGCAGCACUGUGACCUGCCGUUCAUCAUGAAAACGGUUGACUUGGCCACAGAACCCCAGGGUCACGAUGACCAAGCACAGACCACUCACCGGACACAUUCUGAUUGGCUUUGCGCUCCGUGGCUGAGAAUUUACUGGUGUGCCAGUGUAGAAAGUUCCACUCUGUUGAGACAAUCAGAUGGGCUUGAUGUGUAACCCACAAACCGUUCCUCCACAGCUCACGGUCCUCUCCCCCUAACAAGAGUGAGAGCUGAUGUAGAUCUAAUGAAUGCCAGAGGAACUCUUUAAAGGAAAACGCACUUCUGUUGCUGAGAGCCACUGAGGAGAUUGAGUACUUAUGGAAUUGAAUAUCCUGUUGAUCUAAACUAGAUAUGCGCUCAACAUUUAAAUGAUUAAAUGAUGAAAUAUUUUAACUAUUCAGUCAUAAAUACACGACACAAUGCACUAUAAUAGGUGAAAUUACAAUGUGGACCUAACAAAAUAGAUUCUAAAAACUCCAUUUGUGAUAAAUAUUAGACUUUAUGUUAGUAAUUGAUGUUUGCAAAUACAAAUUUCAACAUUGAGGUCAACUCCAGGAUUCAGGCCCGGUUUAAGGCGCUUGUUAAUUAUAAUUUUCUUUGUAUCGAGGACAACAUGCCUAAUAAGUUACAAGGCAUUUUUGUUCCUCUGGCUAUUGAACAGAGAAUAAAAAUAGGCUAUGCCUCGGGGAUUCAUUUAUCUUUACAAAGAUUUUCCAAGUGAAUCUGAAGGAUAUGUCUGAAGGACACUAUGUAUUAGUCUGUAAUUGGAUCUUAAUGAUGACUCCACUAGCCUGCGUUACAUCGUAGCACCAGUCGGCGUCUUUGAUUUAAGCAUCGAUUUGAUUAGAUUUGUAGAUACCUUUCACCUCUGCAGACUAUUUCCAUGGCGAGAUUGUGUCGCUGAGUGAGGGUGGAGCAGCGUAGAAUGGACAUUUCCUAAUUAAGGUGAGUAAUGAGUCCUGAGCUGGGGCAUGUGUGAGCACACCCCCGGGACGAGGCACCCACCAGAUAAAUGCAAAUCCACCCACAGAGCUACAAUCAGUUAAAAGGGGUAUUUUUAUCAGCACUUACCUCAUCACGCCACCGCUGAAAAGAAAGCUUGGAAUAAUUAAAGCGAAAAACAUACGGAAACUACUGGACGCGGCCAUGAUUACACAAGCUUGGCAAAUAUCCUGCCUUGAGGGGGGAAGAAAGCACAUUAUGCCAUUUUCAGAGCCAUUUAGCGACUGGAAUAAAAUUCAAACAACAAGCCAUGAUGCACUGUGAUUAACCCCCCCCUCCCGCAUAUAUAUUUCGGAGCUGUCGAUAGCUCUCUCACCAACUGGAUGCAGCGGGUAGGAUCACUGACCUGGAAUUAAUGACAAGUGAGAAAGAUAGCAAUGAGUGAUAAAACCAAUGUCACACAGCCUCUAUCACGACUUUAUCUCUCGGAAUGAUUGGACUUGAUUUAGAUUCACAACUGCUUUGCAUCCAGAUUUAUCUCUAUCUUAACCUGAUUCCAGCCUACGUGUCCCUUGAGCAGAUCUGGAAAGCAUCCUCUGAUUUGCCUCUUUGAUCCCGAAGCCAUGAAACACACAGAGGUAACUCUCAGCAGAUAAGUCACAUUUGUUGGGUGUUGGUCCAAAUGGCACGACAGGAGUUUGAUUUAAAUUUCCUGCAAAACAAAAAACAAUCUCGGGCACAUUCCCUGCCCCCUCCCGCUCGAUGAGUCGUAUUCUUUUGCUCCGGCCAAUAAUGACCUCCUGCUGCUCACUUCUGCAAGAAUAUAUCACCAAGUUUGCCCUUUCUUUUGAACUUGUGCUGAAAGAGAUGUGCAUACGUCUCUCUCAAACACAGAACUAUUCUAAAAGGAGCUUGCGAAGCACCCAAACACACUCCAAAGUGUGAUGAAUAAUGUUUAAUUUGUACUUAACAUUGAUUUAAUGUUCACAUGAGUAUCUUUUGCCUCUCUGUAGUGUGUAUUGUAUGGUGAUCAUUUCUGUGGACAGAUGGACAAAUUAUUGUAAUGAAACUGGAAAGGGAUCUCUUUUUCUUUUCUUCUUCUUCUCGAUGAUUAAAGACUCUCGGCAAACUUGGUUAUGUGGAAAUAUACAGAAAAUCUGUUUGGUGGUAUGGUGUACAUAGAUCUUCACAACCCCGUGUCUGCUGUUAAGCCGGCGGUGAUUUUAGCAUGAAUUCCAAAGAUGAUUGGUAGAAACUGUUUACUCGUUUAAUUUUCAUUUUACUCUCUGAAAUGUCAGUGCCGGUUCAUAAUCAAGAAAGGCCCUCUCCGAAACGAACUGAAAUUAACUGAUCAUUUCAUCUCUUUUUCCACCGUUCAUCUAGAAACAAAGACAAUUGCCUUGAAAAUAUGUCUUUGCAAGAAAGAAUCUAGUUGUUAUCCUAAUUGUUGGUAUAUUUAUAUAGGAUAAAAAUGCUUGUGAUGCCAUGUUUUUGUACAGUUUUAUGUACAUACAAGUGAAGCUUUCUAAAAGUUCUGAGAAAAGCCAAUGGCAUAUAAAAAUUGUAACAUGUUUUUCUUGAGAUGUGCACAUCAUGCCUUGGUUGGGUUGACCUUUGCUGAGUCGGUGUGAAUGUGGCCGUUCUAUGCCUGCACUGUAGUCAUUCACCGGCUCCCACCUCCUGAGGACUUUAACAGUUUUUAUGUUUAUUGUGAACAGUGGAUCGUCUUAUCUUACCAGUUUGUUAAACUCCUGUGUUCUGCUUCGUUCUGUUUCCGCAUGUUGACAAAUUCUCUUGUAAUACUGUAAGUCCUCAUGAACUUUGUAAUAAAAUCACUUC